AUGCACCAGCUUUUCACACACAUGCUUUUUGGGGAUCACUGUCCGCCAGCAUCACUCUCCUGCUUCCAGAUGCCGCAGCGCAUCCCUUACCAUGAGGCCAUUGGGCAGGAAUUCAGACCGGCUGAAGUGGGAGACUCCUUCGGGCCCACGUGGGAGACGUGCUGGUUUAAGGUGGAGCUGAGCAUCCCCCCGGGCUGGGCAGGGCGGGAAGUGCACUUCGUGUGGGAGAGCGACGGGGAGGGCAUGGUGUGGCGAGAUGCCCAGCCUGUCCAGGGUUUGACUAAGGAAGGCGAGAAGACCAGCUACAUCCUGACGAGCAGCUUGAAAGAAACAGAGCCCCACAGUCUGACGCUGUAUGUGGAGCUGGCCUGCAACGGUCUCUUCGGAGCUGGCAAGGGCAGUAUGAUCGCCCCUCCGGACCCUGACAGGAGGUUCACCCUGAGCAAGGCUGAGCUGGUCGUCUUCAACAGGGAUGUCUAUGAACUGCUGGUGGAUCUGGAAAUACUGCUGGACAUGGCCCGGCUCCUCGGGGAGGAAAACCAGAGGAGUUUCCAGGCACUGUACGCUGCCAACCAGAUGGUCAACGCCUGUGACGUUAUGGACCCCUCCACCUUCCCUGCUGCCCGUGACCUGGCUGCGGCGAUCUUCAGCCAGAGGAACGGCGAGAGCCAGCACACCAUCCAUGCCGUGGGUCACUGCCACAUUGACUCUGCCUGGCUGUGGCCGUUCGAAGAGACCAUCCGUAAGUGUGCUCGGAGCUGGGUCACGGUGGUCCGUCUGAUGGAGCGCAAUCCGGAGCUCACCUUCGCCUGCUCCCAGGCGCAGCAGUUCGAGUGGGUGCGGAGUUGGUACCCCGGGCUCUACGCACAGAUUCGGGACUUCGUGGUGAAGGGGCAGUUCAUUCCUGUUGGAGGCACCUGGGUGGAAAUGGACGGGAACCUGCCCAGCGGGGAGUCCAUGGUGCGGCAGUUCCUCCAGGGACAGCGGUUCUUCCAGGAGCAGUUUGGCCGGAUCUGCUCAGAGUUCUGGCUGCCGGACACGUUUGGAUACUCGGCUCAGCUGCCCCAGCUAAUGCGUGGCUGUGGGAUCAGGCGGUUCCUCACGCAGAAGCUCAGCUGGAACCUGGUGAACACCUUCCCGCAUCACACCUUUUUCUGGGAAGGCAUUGAUGGUUCCCGAGUCCUGACCCAUUUCCCACCUGGCGAUUCCUAUGGGAUGCACGGGCAAGUGGAGGAGAUGCUGAAAACAGUGAAGAACAACAAGGACAAAGGACUUGUGAACCACAGCGCUCUCCUCUUUGGCUUUGGAGAUGGAGGCGGGGGCCCGACGCAGAAGAUGCUGGACAGGAUGAAGAGAAUGAGUGACACAGACGGGCUGCCAAGGGUUCAGAUCUCCACUCCUGACCAACUCUUUUCUGUGCUGGAGAAGGAGUCAUCACAGCUGCACACCUGGGUGGGAGAGCUCUUCCUCGAGCUGCACAACGGCACCUAUACCACCCAGGCACAGAUAAAGAAGGGGAAUCGGGAGUGUGAGCGAAUACUCCACGACAUUGAAGUGCUCAGCACCUGGGCUCUGGCGCGGGGCGGCACAUUCCAGUAUCCUGCCAGCCAGCUGCAGCGGCUCUGGAGGUUAUUGCUGCUCAACCAGUUCCAUGACGUUUUGCCAGGCAGCUGCAUCCAGCUCGUGGUUGAGGAUGCCCUGCAAUACUACACAGAGAUCCGCAGGGCUGGCAUUCAGCUGCAGGAGGAGGCUGUGCGGUCCUUAUGUGGGGAUCUGCUGCAGCCCAAGGCAGGGAGCGCCGAAAGCACCCUCGUGUUGAACACUCUGCCCUGGGAGCGGACUGAGGUCAUCUCAAGGACUGGGCCAUCCGGAACAGAGACUUUAGCUCUGGUGACAGUCCCCAGCAUGGGCUAUGCUGUCGUGAGGGAGCCGUCACUGCCACCUCAGCCUGUGGCAGUGAGGAAACAGGAGGAUGGCACCAUUGCCAUGGAGAACGGGGUGAUUGCAGUCCGUCUCGAUGUGGCGGGGCGCCUGACCUCGCUUCGCCUUGUACACUCUGAGAGAGAGUCAGUCCCAGACAGCUGCUACGCCAACCAGUUUGCACUCUUUGAUGAUGUUCCUCUGUACUGGGACGCCUGGGACGUGAUGGAUUAUCACUUGGAAACCAGGAAGCCAGUGACAACGCUGCUGAAGCCUCUGGAAAUCACCCUGGCUGGGGGCCUGCGGGGAAGUGCGAGCUUCUCCCUGCGGAUCGGGGAAAGCAGCACCUUAACCCAGGAGAUCAUCCUGGAUGCCAUGUGCCCGUACCUCCGCUUCCAGACCCAGGUUGAGUGGAAGGAGGCUCACAAGUUCCUCAAGGUGGAGUUCCCCGUGCAAGUCCGGAGCACCAACGCCACCUACGAGAUCCAGUUUGGACACCUGCAGCGGCCGACGCACUGGAACACGUCCUGGGACUGGGCCCGGUUCGAGGUGUGGGUCCACAAGUGGCUCGAUCUCUCCGAGCACGGCUUCGGGGUGGCACUGCUGAAUGACUGCAAAUACGGGGCAUCAGCCCAUGGGAACAUCCUCAGCCUCUCGCUGCUGAGAGCGCCCAAGUCCCCCGAUGCCACGGCAGACAUCGCCCACCACCAGUUCUCCUACGCCGUGAUGCCCCACCAGGGUUCCUUCCAGGACGCCCGUGUGAUCCAGUGUGCCUACAACUUGAAUUUCCCUCUGCACGCGGUGCCAUCCGGCUCUGCCCAGUGCCCAGCCUGGAGCGCCUUUGCUGUCAGCUCACGGGGUGUUGGAUCGGAUGCGCCCAUCUCGUUUCUCCGAACAAACGUUUGCACUGUCCCCCCAAAGGCUGAGGACAGACCUGAAGCUGUGGUGGUUCGGCUGUACGAGGCGCACGGCAGCACGGUGGACGCCUGGCUCCAGACCUCCCUCGCCGUGAAGGAGGCGAUGCUCUGCGACCUCCUGGAGCGUCCGGCUGCACGAGGCCGCCUGCUGCUGGAGCAGCGGGGCGUGAGGCUUUCCUUCACACCCUUCCGCCUGCUCUCCGUCCUCUUGGUCUUGAGGCAGUGA